CUUUCUCUUCUCUAUCUUCGACUCCUGAAAUUCUCCUCCUUCAAUUAGCACCAAAGUAUGGCAUCGUUUAGUAUAACCCAUCAGAUCGGCUCCCUCUCUGGGAUGCCAAUCCAAUCGGAAUCCGUCACAUCCGGCAGCGACACCACGGGAGCCGUGUCAGCAGCGGCGGUCUGGAAGACUCAGCCAUCGAACCUCCGGUGCAUAAUCAAGAAGCAAGGAGGGGAUACUGACGCGAUAUCACAGCCGGUGAGUCCUUUGAGCCCGUGCAGAUCUCCAUCGCCGGUUUUGGGAGCGAUGAGGCCGGAAAUGUCGAUGGCGUGCCAGGCGCUGGUGGCAGAGGCUAAGGCGGAGGCGUCGGCGUCGGUGAGUGAGUUUCAGUAUAGAGAAGGGGGAGAUGCGCAGGUGGUGAAGGGUAAGGGUAAGGGGGUGCCGGUUUACGUGAUGAUGCCGUUGGAUAGUGUGACGAUGAAGAACGGGAUUAACAGGAAGAAGGCCAUGAAUGCGAGCAUGCAAGCGCUAAAAAGCGCCGGGGUUGAAGGGGUGAUGAUGGACGUGUGGUGGGGAUUGGUGGAGAGGGAAUCACCUGGGUCUUACAACUGGGGUGGAUACACCGAACUGCUCGAGAUGGCUAAGAAGCACGGCCUCAAGGUUCAGGCUGUUAUGUCCUUCCACCAGUGCGGUGGCAACGUUGGUGAUUCUGUCACGAUACCGUUACCGAAGUGGGUGGUGGAGGAAAUAAACAAAGAUCAGGACCUGGCGUACACCGAUCAGUGGGGGAAGAGGAAUUACGAGUACGUCUCUCUUGGCUGCGACACCCUUCCGGUGCUUAAGGGCCGUUCGCCCGUCCGGUGCUACUCCGAUUUCAUGCGUUCUUUCAGGGAUAACUUCAAACACCUCAUCGGCGACACCAUUGUCGAAAUACAAGUUGGAAUGGGCCCAGCUGGGGAGCUUCGAUACCCAUCUUACCCAGAGCUUAACGGGACAUGGAAAUUCCCCGGAAUUGGAGCUUUCCAAUGCUUCGACAAGUACAUGGUCAGUAGCUUGAAAGCUGCGGCUGAAGCUGCCGGCAAACCAGAGUGGGGGUCCUCCGGUCCUACAGAUGCAGGCCAUUACAAUAAUUGGCCAGAGGACACCCAGUUCUUCCGUAAAGAAGGAGGAGGUUGGAACAGCACCUACGGAGAAUUCUUCCUGUCUUGGUACUCUGAGAUGCUUUUGAACCACGGAGAGCGGAUACUGUCAUCAGCCCAAUCCAUCUUCGAAGGUACUGGCGUCAAAAUCUCUGUGAAGGUCGCAGGUAUCCAUUGGCACUACGGAACCAGGUCCCACGCACCGGAGCUCACUGCAGGGUACUACAACACCCGCUUCAGAGACGGCUACAUACCCAUUGCACGAAUGCUCGCACGUCACGGCGCAGUCUUCAACUUCACCUGCAUCGAGAUGCGAGAUCACGAGCAGCCCCAAGACGCUCAGUGUGCGCCGGAAAAGCUAGUUCGACAAGUUGCUCUGGCUACCAGAGAGGCCCAAGUGCCUCUCGCCGGGGAGAACGCAUUGCCACGAUACGACGAUUACGCACACGAGCAGAUACUGCACGCGUCGUCGCUGAACCUUGGAGGCGAGGAUGGAAGCAGGAAGGGAGAAGAGCAAGAGAUGUGUGCUUUCACGUACUUGAGAAUGAAUCCGCAGUUGUUCCAAGAGGAUAAUUGGAGGAGGUUCGUUGGGUUUGUGAAGAAGAUGAGGGAAGGAAAGAGUGGAAACCAAUGUUGGGAGCAAGUGGAGAGGGAAGCGGAGCAUUUCGUCCAUGUCACGCAGCCAUUGGUGCAAGAGGCUGUGGUUGCUCUGAGUCAUUAGUCCCCAUGAACAACACUGGUCUUCUUAAGUUGUUUCUAAGAGAGAUACUUAUUU